AUGCGCGAAAAUUCCACCAUUGUUGCCCUCCUGUCCUCCGCUGCAAGCGUAGGUCUGACGCUGUAUGUGUUAAAGCUGCGUGGAGAUAUUGCUGCUUUUAUAAAAGGCAAGGAAAUACCGAAGGGUUGUCUUGAGACGAAGGAGCACGAUGGCAAUGGCGAUAGGCUCUGGACUGCUGAGGACCUUAUUGCCAUGCGCCGCAGCAUCUUUCCUCCCGACUAUGACAGCGAAAAGAAGGUGCUUCGUGAGGUGCUGGACAAAAUGCUGACAGCAGCUAAUUGGGCGCCUACGCACGGCAAGACGGAGCCUUGGCGUUUUGUGGUGUUUGAAGCACUUGAGAAGCGCCUAGAGCUUGGUCAACUAAUGGCUGACUGGUAUAAGGCCAACGUACCUGCAAAAAAAUUUCUUGAAUCGAAAUACAACAAGAUGAUUUAUAAUUGCCAGGUCUCAUCCCAUGUUAUUGCUAUUUGCAUGAAACGCCAGAAAAGCGGUAAGAUUCCAGAAUGGGAAGAGAUGUGCUCAGUUGCCUGCGCUGUGCAGAAUAUGCAUCUGGUAGCCACGGCACAUGGCGUCGCAGCGUACUGGAGUUCUGGCCCGGCAAUCACACUAGCGCAAGAUAUGAAAAAUCACUUAAAGCUGGAAGAAAAGGAUAAGUGUCUCGGUCUCUUUUACGUAGGUAUGCCAAGAAAAGAUGUCAAGGUCAUAAAGGGAUUUCGCAAGCCUAUUGGAGACAAAGUUACUUGGGUAUCGGCGUAA